AAUACGGAAGUGAAACAAGAAACGCUGUGCUAAAAUAGGUUCUAGGCAAAUCUACAUCAUGGCGUGUUUCUCAAAAACUGAAGAAGCGCCUCAGUAAUUUUCGAAAAGAAAAACAACAAGAAGUCCUCUGCACACAAUUUGUUUGAGCUUCAGUCAUUUCUGUAGACUCGUAAGGUGAGUUUUGAGUUUAUUAUUACAAUAACGACAGAAGUUUCUCUGCUAAUGUAUCAUCAAUGUCGCUAUUUACACCACUUUGUGUAUCGACAUGGAAGAUAAGAUAAGAUUUUAUUAUAUCAAGUAGAAGUAGAAGUCGGUAGAAGUCGAAACGCCACGACAGAACGAGCUCUAACUGGAAAACUUAGAGAUUUAAAAUUUACGUAAUUAAAAUCUACAGGGUUAACCUUUUAUUUCAUACUUAACUUGUUCUUUUAAUCACUAAAUUAAAUAAGCUAUUACAUAAGCUAUUAGUAUUAAGUGGGCAAGUAUAACAGCGGUAAGAAGGACAUAAAUAGAAUGAGCAGUUGACUUCUUCACGUUGGCCUCAGUUCUUCCUUUAUCCCCUUCUGUAUAUCUGAAAGGACGUUCUGAGAGCGUUAGGGCCGUGUCAUGGUGGUCUAACAGACCAGUUUGCAAAGAAGGGGUUCCUGGUGUCGUGUUCCCUGACGAUGACCACGACGACGAUGACGACGAUGAUGACGAUGACGACGACGACGAUGAUGAUGAUGAUGAUGAUGAUGAUGAUGAUGAUGAUAAACAAACAGAUUAGAGUUUUUAUUAUAUUAUGAUGAAUGGAAAGACCCUUUUGAAUGUUUUUAUAGAUCUUUUGCAUUAUAAUAAUUUUUUGUCUUAAUGACGUCGCUUUUGAUGAAGGAGGUGAGGGAAUGGGUAUUUUAUGCUGCACCACCAAUGAAGGCUGAAUCAUUGCAAGGCAGACAGCCCUGUAAAGAAAUCUCACAAAAGAAGAAAAAAACAGCGUGUCUAAGACGAAGCUAAGCCCAAGCCACCAAACCUUCACUGUAUUCAUGACAGGCGCGAACUGCCGUGCCACCGGACCGCCCUCAGUUUUGAUUACAACAAAGAAUUAAGGGUUACAUUAUGGUAUAAAGCAGUACUAUCAUAGCAUUUUCAACACCCAAAUGGUUAAAUAUUGUCUCUUCCUGGUCUCUCUCAUUGUUGGCAACAAUGUUCCGUACAAGGUUCUCUGUUUUGCAAUCCCUGUGCGAGACCUGCAGCAGCCUCAAGCUCUUGGUCUCCAAUUCCCGAAUUCUCCCCUUUGCCUUUGCUGCUGUCGCUACCAUCCUAGUGCCUGGAAACUGUAAUGAGUGUGAAAGGUUGAACCCAGGUACUGAGCCCCCUCGAACUGUACUCCGUUCAUGUAGAUCUCUGUUUGGUUGUUGCCUUUGGUCUCAACCAACUUUAUGAUAACUUUGUUCUCGUCAGUAUUGGUCUACAGUCCACAUGUAUUCGCGCUGUCUGUCAGUCUGUUGGUAAAUAUUUGUAGUCUAUAUUUGGUGCCUACCAUUAUCUCAAUGUGAUCUACAAACCUCCUUUUGCAUAUUGACCUCUUACCCAUGGAAAUAGAAGUUUGAUAGUGAUUAAUGGUAAAUUAAGUAUAUACAACCAAUGUUCAUCCUAGUAAAACAGAUUGAAGGGACUCAACUGUUCUGUGGCAUUGUAACCUGCAGACAUUAGCUCAGCCACAGAGCGAACAGCACAUUGAGUAUCGGCCACAAAACCUCUUACAAGAGUUAGUUUCUUCAGAGUGUGCUAAGCGUGAAAACCAGUAUAACAAAUAAUCUCACACAACAAGGAAACCUAUGAUUAGAAGGAAAAAGCUUGUCAAAUAAUAGCCAUGGCAACAACAUUUAAUGUUAUAUGAUCUUUCUGAUAAAAUAGUUACAAGCAUAGAAUUAGCACAGUAGCCACAAUAACUGUCUGAUAUCUCUGUAAAUUAUACUAAGUUUCCCCAUAUCAGUAAAUAUAUUCUCAUUCCCUUACCGAGAUAAUUUGACUACAAAAGAAAUUAAAGCAAAAUUUCUUCUUUCCAUGGGUUUUUGCUAUUAUCAUAAUCAGCCAGUCCAAUAAGCGUUUCAGUCUGAAUUCGCUUCAUGCUCAGUUCUAGCAUGUUCUUGGUACUUGAUACUACACGAUCAAGCAGGUAUACAAUCAAGAGAGGGGAAAGAUCACGUGACAUUAUACCUCUACCACGUCAUUUCCGCUUCGUCUCAUUGUGUCUACUUUCCUCUUGAGCCUAGUAGUUAUUGUAUAGUUAUUGUUCGUGAGAAUGCAAAGUAAUGUCAUUGACUAUAAUCCACUAUAAGUUUUAUAGAAUGAUAAGAUCUUCCAUUUUAAAAAGAGCAACAGAAGACCUGCAUUUGAUGAUUUAUAACCAUUACCAAUACUACACCAACAUUUGCAAAAUGUUUACUUGAAGUGCACACAGUAUCUCUCUCUCUCACACACACACACACACACACACAGAACGGACGGUGCAAGAGAUAAAGAUAAAUAAUUACCUUAAAAGAACCGGUGAUUUCCAUACAGUGACUCACUCCUCAUACUUUAAUUUUAUUUCAAUUAUCAAUCAAAGGCGGGAAAGUCGGCUCAACCCAUUAAUGGAAGUCAUAGUCACAGACCAGUUCGUGUCACAAGACAUUUUGACCCCUUACAUUUGACUUUAAGUAAAAGACUUAAAACAGUGAGUAUAUCAAGUUAAAGAAUGUAUAAGAAUGCGUGAAGAUAGUGUUUGGUACAGUGUUAUACACAGACGCUGAAUUGUCCCUCACUGAGAAUAUGAGCUUGUUCUUCUUAUUCUAAGCUUCUCUAGGAUAACAUCUUCAGUCAACUAUUCCUUUCAGUGAUAUCCGUUCCUCAAUAUCCAAUCUUUUUUUUCUAAAUGCGCUUCGUCGCGAUACAUUUUCGCCAUAUUAGUCUCUGUUUUGUCCUGGGGCAGAGGAUGUCCUCCAACUAUUUCAUAGAGGAACUUGCCUCUAUCUUUUCCCCUUUGCUGAGCGUUGAAUCCGUUUCAAAACUAUCAAAAUAAGAUACUAUUUGUCCCGGAUUUUUCCAAUUUAUCACUGAAACAGCGGCUUCCGUCCUCUAAGUAACUAUGUCAAUAUAGACAAAGCUAGUGAGGUAUUAAUACUUUAAUAUUUGCCAUCGGACAUACGGGCUAUAAGUCACCUUCACCAUGUGGUGACCCUUGUGGUCUAGCUUGUGGCAGAUGGUUGGAUGUCUCAAAGAAAUAUAUAUCCAGCAACAAUAUUAAAUAGUAUGUGAUCGUUGUCUGCUUACUUUAGUCACCUCAACCUACAUAAAAAUGUUGAAACUCGAAUACGGAAGUGAAACAAGAAACGCUGUGCUAAAAUAGGUUCUAGGCAAAUCUACAUCAUGGCGAGUUUCUCAAAAACUGAAGAAGCACCUCAGUAGUUUUCGAAAAGAAAAACAGCAAGAAGUCCUCUGCACACAAUUUGUUUGAGCUUCCGUCAUUUCUGUAGACUCGUGAGAGUGACAUCCUAUACAAUGGAAGGAGAUGGAAGAUCACGUGACAUUUAUACCUCUAGCACGUCAUUUCCGCGUCGUCUCAUUGUGUCUACGUUACUCUUGAGCCUUCAAAUGUCAUUGUAUUCAAGAGCAUCAGCACAAGAUGGUCGAAUAAUGUGCGAUGUUCUCCCUGCCAAACUACAUGGUAACACUUCUCUGACUUGCUAUUUUCCUGAGGAUGUCAGUAAAACGAGGAAAGAGUUCAGUGUCUAUCGAUACACAGAUAAAAACAGUCCAGAUGAUGUUCUGGACUGCUGGUGGAUGUUGGAAAAAGUAGAGUGUCGACAUGACCAGGGAUACGAGUAUAACAAAAUGAUAUCUAAUAAACUGUCACUAGAGAUCCUAGAAGUUUCAGCUCCACAGGUGUACGCCUGUCAGCUACCUGGCUAUGGACCCGAGUCCAUUAUCACCUGUGACCUCAAGGUUGAGCCAGAAAAGACAAGCUGCCAUGUUCCAAGUGUGAAGGAGAAUGAACCGACAACAUUCACAUGUAUCUUCAGUGUUGACCUCAGGGUCACGAGACAGGACGUCAAAGUCAUCCAUCAAAGCAACACAGAAACUGAUGUCGUCAGCUGCACGUGGAUAAACAAAGAACCAUCCUGCACCUCAGUCCCGGGGUUUGAAGUAAACAACACAAUCACUGAUCGUCUGACAAUCAAAGUACCCCGGGCUACUCUCGAGUACAAUGGGACAUACGUGUGUCACCUACAAGUCUCUCAGUCUGAACACUUUGAGUCAUGUGACUUUAUUGUAAUGACAGUUUCAGCUACUACCACACCAGUGGGAACUAUCGUCGCUGUAACUGUUGGAGUAAUAACAGCCGUGUUUGUUACCGUAACAGUGAUCAUCGCCUUCAUCAUCAGAAAACGCAGAUCACGCAAACCAUCGGAAGCGAAAAAUCGUAAGGAAAAGAAGUCAAUGAUACAAACCGAUGUCAAUAAAACUACAAAGAACUUCUUGGCUGACCUCUCCAAUGGUUUCCGGAAGACAUAUCCCGAGUAUAACACAAAAGCCUAUGUUGUGCCGCCGUUGUACUUCAAUGACAACACAUAUGAACUGACCACCUUUGCUGGAGAAGACGUGUACGUCACCAUUCCACCCGAUCAACAAACUGUGAAGCACGACAUGGCCAUGGGUCGGGUCUUGAAAAAUCUUAACCUUCUAGCAAUUUUUGAAAGUGAAGUGAUGUUUGUCAUAUCGCAGUUCGACUACAACAAGUACUUGGCUAAUCCUACGGACGAGUUCGCUGAUCACAGUUUACCAAUGCCUGGUGAACUGAGGAAGUCUGACAAACACUACGGAGACUUUGACAUCCUUAUCAUUCAUCGACAUCACGGGCUGGUGGUCGGGGUGGUCAAGACUUGUUCUGGUGGGUGUGAAAAUAAUGAGGUAGAGGUAAAGGAUACACUCCAGACGGUGGUCGAGGAGCUGAAACAAGGCUGUAAACAACUGGACGAGGCAGAGAAAAUGUUACAACAUCUUCUGUCAGAUCGCAUAACUAAUCAAAACCAACAAAUGCAGGUUCAAAAAUUAUUAAUUCUGCCAAAUCUUUGGGAAGAACGUCUAAGGAUUGUCCUGAAUGAAGACCAAGAUGUGGCACAAAAUUUAAAGAAGUGCCUUGGAUUUCCGGAGACUGCUGACAUUUCUAACAAAUGUCUCUGUUGCGAUCAUAUGUGGAGUCCACAUAGACAGCAAAAGAUUAAAGACUGGUUCAACAGUCGAUUUCCUGAAGCACGUGACAAAGCAUUCGCUAGCGACAACGAGUAUGCUGAUAUAGUUGCAAGGUUCUGUGAAGCUGCAACCAUUUGGUCUUUGAACAUUCCGGAUCAUCAGAGUGGCAUCCUGCCCAAGACACUGGAAGACUGGGUGUGGAUGACAGGUGAGGUGUUCAACAAGCCAAUACUACAGCUACAGCAGUGGGAGAUACUAAACACAGACAGUCCUCGGGUCUUCCUCUCGGGGCCGCCAGCUUCAGGUAAGACGAGGAUGCUGGUGUUGGCAGGCAAACGAUGGAUGUCCGAGGGUCACAAGGUUCACGUGGUUUCCACUGGAAGGAAGAGUCGAGCAGCAAGUCAUGUGAUUUACACAGAGCUGUCGAUGGCCUCCAAAGAAAUGUCAGGAUCGUGUGAACUGAUAACUUUCGAGAAAGAAGAUACAAAAGAAAGGAUCGACAAACUUUUGAAGCUUGCUAAAACUAUGUACAUCAUAGCUGAUGAGGCUUACAAUGCUGAAAGCUCAAGUUUUAAGGAUUUUGUUGAUGGUCUCCAAAAGGUCCCAAAUCUCCAUCUAUGGGCUGCCAGUUGUUUACCAAACAUCGCCCCGCAGUGCUGCAAGCCUCACCUCCUUAAAGACAGUUUUACUUGUCCACCUGCAAUCUUAGCGAGAUAUGAUGUGUCAGAACUUGCCGCCAAGAAUACUGUCGACUUUUGGAGGUAUGACAGUAGAACCACAGCGCCCACGGAUGGUCCGCCAGUAAUAGAAGUUUACCAUGAUGACAAAGGUCACAAUGGUGACUAUCCACACGACUGCAAGACAUGUGCCAACGAAGUCAUGAAAUUACUUCAAAUCCUUUGCGUCAUUAAACCAGUUGGUGCCAACCAAAGGGCCGAAGGACAGGCCAAGCUGUUGAGUAAAGACAUCUUGGUUCUGUGUGAAAAUGAUGGAGAGACAGCUGUGAGUGCUGCACUGAAGGAGUCAGGAGUGAGUGUGAAGACAGUGGACGAACAGAACCGUGAACAAGUUUUUGAAGCCAACAACAAUGAAGUGUGGGAAGCUAAGAGUGAACACAUGUUUGGCAUCAAACGGAAAGUCGUGAUUUAUGUAGAAGGAAAUCCAAAGGACAAACACAAGAUGCCUGUCAAACUCAAACGAUUGAGAGGUCUCACCAGUGCAACAUCUCAGCUGAUCUGGUUGGUAGGAUGUAAGAAUUAAACAGUUUCUGCAGUGAAAGUGUAUUUGUCUAACUGACAGACACUUUGUAUUGGGUGACAUUUAGCUCGUGUACAUAUAUUGAGUGGAUGUAAGAAACAUGCAUUAGGAUUUGCAUUCAUUUAAUCGCUUAAUUCACUUAAUGUGUUUACUAUAAUAUGCUCUUCUAUAGAAUACAUCAUCACAGAGGAUUGUGUCUUUAUUUUUGUAGGUAACGUUGCAGAUUCUGUUGUUGUUGUUGUUGUUGUUGUUGUUGUUGUUGUUGUUGUUGUUGUUGUUGUUGUUGUUGUUGUUGUUGUUGUUAGAACGGAGUUUCUUGUAACACAAAUGAGCACAUGAAAAGACUUCCAAAAGAAUUUUUCUUCUGAACUUUCUCGGUUCCGCGUGCUAACAGAGAAUAUUUUCAGAAACCUUUAUAGCAAUACGUUCCUUAUUGAAUACAGUCGUAAAUGUUAGAAUGCGCUAAAAAGAGCAAAUACAUGCGCAUUAGAUAUAAACAUAAUAUAUAUUUACAUAGCCAGAGCUAUAUUCGGUGACAUAUUUAGACCCAUGUGUUAGUUAUUUGUUUGGUGGAUGCGCGUGUCGACACAGGUUGGUCCAUGUUAUUGUGUUAUUGUAUUCUUUGUAGCAUUUGUUUCGGAGGACGGAUAAUGCUGAUUCAUAGGAAAGUUGUCAGAAAAUAAUGUCUUGUAAAACACAAAUGUUUAAUAUUGACUUGCCACAAAUUUAUAUUUGUAUUUCAACACUCUUCGUUAUCAUCUUCGCCUUUGCUUAUCUCUCCUACUGUAGUCAGCAAUUUGUAAAUUUUUGUUACUUUUGUAUUUGUUGCUACAACUGCUUUUUUUACUCAAGUGCAGUAAGAGUGUCAGGCGUUGAAGCGUGAUAUAUAAGCUAUUUAACACUAUUUUUACUACAUUAACUGUUUUAUUUAACAGGCUACUUAAUAGAUGAUUAUAAUAUGUUUAUAUAAUCUUCUUAAUACUUAUCUGAGUCCAUAAAUAUAUAUUAUUUCAAUACUAAAUUUAUAAACAAUUGUAUUCCUUAACACGUUUAUUGAAAAUAUUUUAAGAUGCUUAAGUCGUCUUUAUUAGCCUAUAUUGACAAGAAACUUUGCCAGCAGGAAUCCAAAAACUAUAAUAAUCAACUUUAAAGAAAGUGCUUGCACUUCAUCAGGUAUCCAGGAGGUUAAGCCAAUGAUAUAAGACUGUCAAAAGUUGUAUGGAACCCCCACAAGCUGGUCCUUAAAGACUCCAGGUCGUCCUCCAAGUGUUGCUCUGUGCAAGUGACGGGAGAUUACUCCGGUCGCUAGUACUACACCCUGGGUUGAAUGUUCUGAAUAAACCAGUCAUUGUGUGUUUUUGACGAGGACGCCAGCUUUAGGGAAGAUAAUGAUGCUUGUGAUAGGAGGCAUACGGUGGAUGUCCAAGGGUCACAAAGUUCACGUGGUUCCGUUUCAAUAUUGAGACAACAGCCCGUUCUCCAUACAUCAUUUGUGUAUCAGGUUUUGAAAUAAAUUUUAAGACUCUC